GCUUCCACACCACGCUAAACCGCCCCUAACCCUGGGCGAUCCAAGCGUUUCACAGCCCAACACCAGAUCGUUGCCGCUGGAUGUGAUGACGCUCACAUCAGUUAGUUGGCCACUCAUCAAGCAGGUAUAACUUGACUUCCCAGUACCUAUCUCAUGUUGCAACUGAGGAAGCAACUCAUAUCCGGUCAUUGAGUACACAUCCGAGUCAACAAUGGCGUUUCCAACCAUCAAAGCGCUCGAAGAUUGCGCCGACUUCUCCAAAACGGUGGAGCCGUUUAUCCCCCAGCUUUACACUCUGCCCAGCAAGGUGCUUGAUGUCAUUGCACGCCGCGAGGGUCUCCUGGACCUCUACGCGGAAACAAACCCCCUCAUAUCUGGAUUCGCCAUCUCGAUAGUGCUGGGUGCUAUCUUCCUGGUUGCCGCCGAGAUCAACCGCAACUAUUCACAAGUUGACCGGGCAUGGAGUUUGUUGCCCACCAUCUACAUUGCCCACUUCAAUGCCUGGGCCCGUUUGGCAGGAAUUCCCAGUCAGAGACUAGACGCGGCGCUCCUCUUCAGCGCUGCAUGGAGCGCUCGACUCACCUUCAACUACUGGAGAAAGGGCGGCUAUAGUGUGGGAUCGGAAGACUACCGAUGGGAAAUCAUCCGUCAAUAUGUCCCCAAAGCUGCCUUUCACGUCUUCAACUGGACCUUCAUCUCCUUCAUCCAAAGCAUCCUGCUUUUCGCCCUCGCAGCCCCCGCCUAUCCCAUCCUGCUGGCAUCUCAGUUUGAGCCCAACCUGACCAGCUCCGACAUCGCAUAUACGUCUGUCGAGCUCUUGUUGAUCCUCACGGAGUGGAUCGCCGACCAACAGCAGUGGGAGUUUCAAUCUGCCAAGCAGCAAUACCGAAAAACCGCCAAGGUUCCGUCAGGCUUCAAGCAAGACGACCUCGAUCGUGGCUUCAUCACGACGGGCCUGUGGAGCUACUCGAGGCAUCCCAACUUUGCUUGCGAGCAGACCAUCUGGUUUGUCCUGUAUCAGUGGAGUUGUUAUGCCACAAGGAACUUGUACAGUUGGGCUGGCGUGGGUCCUUCCUUUCUGAUCAUGCUCUUUCAAGGGUCGACGUGGCUCACGGAGCUCAUCACGGCGGGGAAAUACCCAGAGUAUAAGGCGUAUCAGAGACAGGUCGGCAUGUUUGCUCCAACUUGGAUCACGGGCUACAAGGUACCGCCAGCAAAGGCACCUAAGGUGAUCCGCACCAGCGAGAUCGCCAAGCAGAUUGAAGAGAAGGAAAGACGGAAACAGAAACAGAAACAGAAGUGAGGCCUGUGUCAGAGGUCGGUAUAUGCAACCUUUCUACUACGAGACUUCAAAAGUAGAUUGAUGGGGGCACAGCAGCCGUCAGGGACGGGCCGGUCCAGAUGGCCAACGAUUCUGCAUCUUGAUGCCCGUCGCGGACGAGACCUGAGCCCAACAGGGCUGCAACCCUACCGUUCAGACGAGCGGCGGCAGAUGAGCUGUGCAGAUGAGAUGUGGGGAGGGGUGGUACGCAGGGGAUCUUCUUUCAGGUGGAACAUGAGAAUAUUAUCGUUAAUCACAGUGUAAAUUACCGACCACGCCUUGGUCCACCACUUUCCGACUCAGGUGACCAGAGCUCAUGUCCGUAUUCUUGAUUAUCCACAGACAAUUGACACAGAGAAACAAAAACAAACAAAAAAAAACAUCAGGCAUCACCACCUUGAGGCCAUAUUGGGCUGGGAAACCAGCUGAAGAUAUCCAUUCUCAGGCAUCGUUCUUCUUCGCCAAAG